AUGACUUCAGCAACAUUAUUUGGUAAACUACAAGAACAUGAAAUUGAACUUGGAAGAUUAGAAAAGCAUGAAGUGCAAGAGAAGAAAUACAAAAGUCUCGCCUUAAAAUCAAAAGCAAGAGAUUAUGAUAGUAAUGAUGAAGAGUCUCAAUCGGAAAAUGGAGAAGAUGAUGAUGUAGAAAUAAUUGUCAAGAAACUUAAGGAAUUAUUGAAAAGAGACAAAACAAAGAAAUUUGAUCAAGAAAAGAAAUGUAAUGGCGAAUCCACUUCCACACAAAAUAUCACUUGUUAUGAAUGUGGGAAACAAGGACACAUAAAGACGGAUUGUCCAAAACGUGCAAAGAAAAGUAGUUCCAAAAGAAGAAAGGAGUCAAAGCCCAAAAGAGUCUAUAUUGCAUGGGAUGAUAAUGAAGUAAGUUCAUCAUUCGACUCGGAGACCGAAGAAUAUGCAAAACUUGCAUUAAUGGCAUCACAUCAUUCCGAUGAUGAAUGUGAAGAGGUUAGUAGUAAAUCUUCUUCUUAUGAUAAUGAUUUUCAAGAAAAACAGAAAUUUACAUGCAAAGAGUGUGAUUCACUUUCCUUCCAAAUUGUCCAAUUGAAAAGAGUUCUUGAAAGGUAUGAAAAAGGACAAGUUGGAUUGGACAAUAUCCUUAGUCAACAAAGACAUUCUAAUGAUAAAAGUGGACUUGGUUAUUCUAAAUUUGACAAACCAAGUACAAAUAAAACAAUCUUUGUUAAGGAAAUUGACCAAUCCACCAAAGAGAAAGUGAAUAAAGCACAAAAAGUUAAUCAUAAUUCUAAGAAGAUAUUUCCUAAAAAGAAAUCUUAUGUUCCUAGAUAUAGAAUGUUUAAAGCCAAUGAUUAUGUCACUUAUGGAGACAACAACAAAGGAAAAAUUCUUGGCAUAUGCAAAGUUGGAGCACCACCUUUCACAUCCAUUGAAGAUGUUCUUAAUAUUAAAGGAUUAAAAGUACAAUCUUCUAAGUAUAAGCCAACUUUGUGA